GAGGCGUGGAACGCAGACAUUUCUGACAGGAACUCCCGCCAGUUCCAAGGAGCGCGUUUCCUUUGGGAAGAGCCUGGAGCACAGAAUGAGGAAGUGGAAAGCAGCGGAGGCAGAUCUCCUGGCGGUCCUACAGGCAGUUGCACGAGGCCCCGGGAGUAAGUCAGAGAGAAGUCGCAGGACACAGGGAAAAUGAUGGGACAGAAAGAUCCACAGAGGGACAGAAUUCUUACUCUCACCCUGGAGAUGAUCCACCUGCUGAUUGGAGAGGAAUGCGUUGUUAUGAAGAAGUCAGCUGAUGCCACACCCCCACAGAGCUGCACUGACUGUAUGUUGGGAGGAGCCUGCAGGUGUCAUGUGACCAGCCUUAAUGCGGGUGCUCUUGAUGCCCUUGGCUCCGUCAUAGAGAAGGAAAACGCCAAGAAGAUCCUGGAACUCAUCUCCAACAUCCUCCACUUGCUGACUGGAGAGGUUGCCAUAAGGUGUGAGGAUGUGGCCAUCUAUUUCUCCAUGGAGGAGUGGCAGUAUAUCCGAGACAAUGAGGCUCUUUAUACAGGAGAAACCAAAGAGAACGUCCAGCAGCGCCUCCCACUGGGCUGUGCAAAUGAAGGAUCCGGUGAGAUUAAAGCUGCACCAGAAGCAGAAUUAUCCCCCAAUAAGGAGCCUGCUCUCUGCACAGAAGGAAAUAUCACAAACACAGACAUCCCUGUGCAUCAAACACACACAGAGCAGUCGGCAUCGUAUGAUGGAGGCAGCCAAUCAGACCACAGCAUUAGAGAGUUUAUGGAACAUACACAGGCAGCAUAUACAGCCGUUCCUAACACGGGAAUCAGUAGAAAUAAGUGCUUGCCGGGUAACAGUACUCCCAGUGGUAUAAAAGAGGAAUAUUCUCUGUGUGACACAGAAGCGAGAAUUCAGGAAUGUCGGCCUUAUACACCAUCUCCAGUCAUGGGCUGCAGCGUAGAUCAUGAUACAGCCAAUAGCAACAAACAGGAGGCUGACUCUUGGGAAAGAGAAAGCCAAUCAGAUUCCAGCAGUGACGCACUUACAGAACUGACACGAGGAACCGACACGUCUAAUUACGGCAUUGGAUACAGCCAGAGUAACUCCAUGUCCGAUACAUUGUUAUCAUCUCCUGGUAUCAAAGAGAAGCCAACGACAUACAAAGGGGCAACGCAAUCGAGUUCCACCUUUAAUAAACGUACGGGACUGGUACACGGUAUAGAUACGUCUUCUGAUACCUUCGCAUCGCUUUAUGCAGAUGAGGGAAACCAUUCGGAUUGCAGCACUAAUGCCCCUACAGAACCGACCCAAGGGAAUGACUCUUCUGCUUAUAUCAGGGGAUGCAGUGUGAAUAACAGGAUUUCAGAAUAUACUAUAAAUGCAUCUGCUUCUCACCUAAGCACUGAUGCCUUGCCAGGUAAGUACAACUGUGACAGAUAUCAGAAACCCUUUAUAGAUAAUGGAAACCUUUUUCAGCAUCAGCAAACUGAUACGGAGGAGAAACCGUAUGUUUGUUGUGAAUGUGGCAAAUCCUUUUCCCACAACUACCUUCUUGCGAGGCACCGGAGAAAUCACAGUGGGGAGAAACCAUUUUCUUGCUUGGAAUGUGGGAAGAGUUUUACCCAUAAUUAUCUUCUUAUGAGGCAUCAGAGGUACCACACCGGCGAGAGGCCGUUCUCUUGCUCCGAGUGCGGCAAAUGUUUUACGCAAGUGUCGCAGCUUAAUUACCAUCAGAAAAGUCACACGGGAGAGAAACCAUACACGUGCUCCAAAUGUGGGAAAUGCUUUGCGUAUCGUUCGUACCUUAUUGUACAUCAUCGUGUUCAUACAGGAGAGAAACCAUUCACCUGCUCCGAAUGCGGGAAGUGUUUUACCCAUAAUUACCUUCUGGUCAGGCAUCGAAAGAAUCACUCCCAGGAGAAAGAGUUUGCUUGUUCCGACUGUGGGAAAUGUUACAUGCAACUUUCACAACUCACCAGUCACCAGAAGAGUCACACGAGGGAGAAACCAUACACUUGCACUGAAUGCGGGAAGUGCUUCUCCCAUAACUACCUCUUGGUCAGGCAUCAGAAGAACCAUUCCGGAGAGAAACCGUUUGCGUGUUCCGAAUGUGGGAAAUGUUUUACACAAAUAUCGCAACUUAAUCAUCACCUGAAAGGUCACGCAGGAGAGAAACCAUUUCCUUGUUCCAAGUGCGGCAAGUGUUUUGCAUACCGUUCCCAACUCCUUAUACACGACAGGACUCACACCGGGGAGAGACCAUUCAAAUGUAUGGAAUGCGGCAAGUGCUUUACAAGCCGCUCCCACCUCAAUGUGCACCAGCGGUUUCACACCGGAGAAAAGCUCUAUCCUUGCAUGGAAUGUGGCAAGCGUUUCACGCGCCGCUCACACCUCAAUGUGCAUUACAGGUGCCACAGCGGAGAGGAAGUCUGUUCCUGUAACAUAUGUGGGAAGUCUUUCACGUUUCACUCGCAACUCAAUGAACAUCUUCAGGUUCACGGUGGGGAGACACUAUUUAAAUGUUCCGAGUGCAAUAUCUAUUUCAAAAGCCGAUUGGUCCUGUUGGAACACUACAGGUUUCACACGGGGGAGAAGAUGUUUUAUUGCUCCGGGUGUAACAAAUGUUUCCCGAGCCGCUCGCAGCUGAUUAUACACUACAGGGUGCAUAUGGACUCAAACAUCAUCGCUUGUCCUGAGUGCAAUGAAGGGUUUGUAAGCCACUCUCAGCUCAUAGAGCAUCUCAGGACUCACACAGGGGAUAAGCCCUUCUCCUGCUCCGAGUGCGGGAAAUGCUUUGGCUUUCAGAGAAACCUUUAUGCACACAUUAGGGUUCACUCCGACCAGGAUACUGCCAGUGGGAAUGUUUGUUGAGCUGGAGGCUUUAUGGGUCAUGUUGUUCUAAAUAUGGACACUGAUUUGACAUGUUCAUUGGUAUUUAAAGCAGUUAUUUUAUAAAUAAACAUGUAGCAACAA